AGUUCUCUCCAUGAUUCCUGCCCUUCGACCCACCUUCAAUUGAGGCUACCCGUAAGAAACAAGGGCAGUGAGGAUUAUGAUUAUCGGUAGUACGGAUAAGUAAUUAUCCGAGCCUGUGACGGUUGCGUCACCUUGCUUCUUCAUCUUCAUUUCGUUGUAACCUCGCUACGUCGACAUUUAUCAUGUCGGGUUGUUGCGCGGGGCAGAUCAACAAAGAGACGCAGGACCUGUGCGACUUUUCCGGGUGGACGGCCAGAAGCCAGAAUGAGUUCUACGAUGUGUGGCGCUUGCGGCUGAAGCCGAUGCAGGGAAAGACCGCCUUGAUUACCGGCGCCACCACCGGCAUCGGCCGGAAGCUGGCGGAGGAGUUCUCCCGGUUGGGAGCUACCGUGAUUAUGUUGAACCGGCCCUCGGAGCGCGCGGACACAGCCCUCGCGGAAGUUUCCAAAAUCGCUGCGCUUGCCGGAGAAACCUCUGGCUCGAAAAUGGCCGCUGGAGUGCAUCAUGUCGACUGCGACCUGCAAGAGUUGGAGUCCGUUCGGGCAGCCGCUGAACGAGUGGUGCAGCAAUUGGCUGGGUCAGGGUCAGAAUUGAAGGGCAUUGACUAUUUGAUGCUCAACGCGGGUUUGAUGCUCACGGAGGAUAGAGCCACACCGGACGGGUUCGAUAUACAAAUGCAGGUACUUACGGGCGUAUUUCUUCAUCAAUUUUCGCAGCCAGAUUUUCAAUAGAAGCAGACAUCUGCUUUCUAUUUGUUCGUGAGGAUUCAGACUAGAAGGAGAGAGUCCUUUUUCUGAGGCGGGGUCGCGGUCGUGCUAUUGGUGGGGCCUUGAUGUUGAUGGAAACUUGCAAUCACAGUGAUAAUUUUACCAUUUUACAACUAUCACCAUAAAAAAAUCGAGCAGCUACCCAUUCAGGCGAUAAUGAGACUGAGAGGUCGUAAAAGGGAAUUCUAAGCAGGCGAAAACGCCGAACAGAAUAAAUUCAUGAUCACCAUAAAAAAAUGCAGGUGAACCACCUUUCUCAGUUCCUGUUGACCAAGUUGGUUUGGAAUCUGGUGGAACUUGCGGCCACGACGCGCGGCGACUGCCGUGUCAUCACAAAUACUUCCACUGCCUACCUGUGGUCGUCCUGCAAAAUUUUGAGCCCCUGGCCCUGCUUUAGCAAGACCAUUCGUCCCAAGUACAUGCAGAAAAAUGGCGGGAAGCUAGGCGGGAACUUCGGUUUGCCGCUGGCCCCGUUGGGACCGCGGAUGUACCGCUAUGCGCAAUCCAAGCUGGCCAACAUCGUUUUUACUGCGGCGCUGGACGACCGCGUGCGCAAAAGCGCGGUGGUUGGAGCUGGUGUUGGAGUGGACGGCGCAGACAAGAAAGCAGAGGGAGGCCCGAAUCCGAAAAUUCGCUGCAUCACAGUGAUGCCGGGAGUCUGCAUGGAGACGGAGUUGCUUGCCGCGUCGAAAAGGGGUAAGGGGGGCGGGAUGCGGGAGCACUCCAAGUUUCUGUUCAACCUCGGCGGGCACGGAAUCAAGACUGCCACUAUAUGCAUGUUGAUGGCGGUUGUGCAUCCGGAUAUCGAGAGUGGCAGUCUCGUUGAACCGAAAUACUGGCACAAGCUGCUUAUGAUGGGUUUCGGCCGCAACCAUACCCACGGGCCGCCCAUGGUGCCGGCGCGGAAGGCGGAGGCGCCGCAUUUCAUGACGGCGGAAAAAAACAAGGAACUGCUUUGGAGCUGCAGUUUGGAAGCCGUCGGCGAAAAAGAAUUUGACAUUGCAUAG